GACCGCUCGGGCUGUAAACCAGGUGGAAAGUCGCAGAGAGAACUGGAUGUGAAGGGGAAGCACCAAGGUCAUGAUCGACUUGCACAAUGUGACAGCGUCCAGCCAACAGGAGCUGGGCCUGAAACCUGAGGAGCUGCAGAAGUCCAAAUGUGUCCUGGGCUUCAUCCCUGUCAUCUACUACAGUAUCCUGCUUUGUGUGGGAGUGCCAGUCAACAUCCUCACAGCCGUGGCUUUGUCCAGGCUAGCAUCCCGCACUAAGAAAGCUCUGUACUACUACCUUUUGGCCGUGACUGCUUCAGACAUUCUCUCCCAACUCUUCAUCAUCUUUGUGGGCUUCCUGCUUGAGACGGCAGUUUUUCACCGAGACGUCCCCAUGCUUCUGCUGCACUCCGUCAGCGCUGCAGAGUUUGCUGCAAACCACGCCUCCAUCUGGUCCACCGUGCCCCUCACCGUGGACCGGUAUGUGGCGCUGUGCCACCCCCUCCUCCACCGCCAGAUCAGCUACCCGGCCCGGGCCAGGAAGAUCAUUGGGGUGGUCCUCGGGUUAUCCCUCGUAUCGGGUGUGCCCUUUUUCUGGUGGUCGGACAUGUGGAGGAAUAGCAACCCCCCCACAGCCCUGGACACCGUCCUCAUAUGGACGCAUGUAACUAUAAUCUACUUCCUGCCCUGCAGCAUCUUCUUGUUGCUGAACUCUUUGAUAAUCCACAAACUGAAGGUCAGGCAAAGGCAGCAGCCAUGCCAGGAGGAGGGCGGGUCAAAGAUUGCGUCUCCGCGGCUACUUGGAAAAACUACUGCCAUGCUGCUGGCCAUCACAUCUGUGUUCUCUGUGCUGUGGGCCCCCAGGACAGUAGUGGUCAUCUACCAUCUGUACGUGUCCUCAGUUCACCGAGACUGGCGCGUCCACCUGGCCUACGACCUGUCCAACAUGCUGGCCAUGCUCAACACAGCUGUCAACUUCUUCCUCUACUGCUUCGUCAGUAAGCCUUUCCGGGGAGCAGUGCGGGAUGUCUUGCUGCUCAGGGGGGGCCCACUUUAUCCUCGGAGGGCUCUGCCUCACCCGCUGGCCACCACCAAUGCCUCCAUCUCAUCUCUGUACAGUGGGAACACCAAGCGGUCACAGCGGGACUUCACCCCCUUGUCACCUCACAGAGCCAGAAAGCCCUCAUGACCCCCGUGCCCCCUUCUCUUAAUCCAAAACACCCAUCAUCCCACGGUCCCCGAGCACUCCUGACCCCAGAGACGUAUACACUGCAUUCCAGCUAGGACCGUGGACAGCUGCCAGUCAGUCCCAGAGCUUUCUCAAAGGGCCUAAAAUGAGCUCAAAAUAAGUAUGUUUUUGGUAUUGUACUAUGUCACAGGCUGUUGUUUGUCCACGUAAAUCAGAUAAGAUGACAGCUUAUUUGUUUUGUUUUUCAGAAGAAUUUGAUUUGG